AAAAAAAAAAAAAAUAGGAAAGGAAAAAUCAAUACCUGUGUACUCAUGCCAUUCUCAAGACAUCACACCAAACACAAGCUCACCUCUAAUGGCUCCAACUCUCACUUCCCACUCCAUCAUCAACAACUCCACUGUCUCAAGGCUUCCCCUAAAAAGCACAAGACAAUGUUCUUACCCAUUCAUAUCUUCUUCCUCAACUAAAAAACCCAACAAUCUCUUUAGAAUUGGAAAGCAAGAAGUAUCAGCCGAACCCAACAAUGAAGCAAAGAAGACUAGCAAAUUCACCUUGGAUUUUCCUAAUAUCCCCAAUUUACAGUCAUUCAUAACGCCUCCGAACAAGUCCACAGCUCUCACUUUUGGUGGCCAGAGGCGUAAGGACCCGAACACAGUGUUUGUUGCAGGGGCGACGGGGCAGGUAGGCGUGCGCCUUUCGCAAGCUCUCCUUCGUCGGGGCUUUGCUGUUCGGGCUGGCGUGCCUGAUCUUUCCUCUGCCCAAGAGCUUGCGCGCCUUGCUGCUAGUUACAAGAUAAUCUCACCUGAAGAAUCUCGUCGCUUAAAUGCUCUGGAGUCCUCAUUCCGUGAUGCAGAGGCCAUUGCAAAGGCUAUCGGGAAUGCCAGCAAGGCCGUUGUGACCAUCGGCCCCUCAGAGAAUGGCCCAUCUUCUGCAGUUGAUUACUCAGAUGCUCUACAAAUCAUGAAUGCUGCCCAACUUGCUGGUGUGAAACAUGUCGUGGUAAUUUGUGACUCGAAUCCAUUCGUGGCCUCGACCUACAAUGUCUUGGAUGGGAUCUCCACCUUCUUCUCCAACUUCUUUGGAGGAAACCAGUGUCUAACUCUACAAGAUUUCUUGUCCAAGGUGGUGGAGACUGAUGUUAGUUACACAGUGGUAAAAGCUGGGCUGACGGAGGACUUUUUGCCGGAAAGUUCAUACAAUGUGGUGGUGUCCUGUGAAGGAAGCUCGGAUGGGAACCCCUACAAAGUUUCUAAAUACCAAGUUGCCUCCCUCGUGGCCGAUGUCUUUGGUAAUACGUCCAUUGCAGAAAAUAAGGUCAUUGAAGUCUCCACUAGUCCCUCAGCACCUUUGCAGCCUAUAGACCAACUUCUAAGUGUGAUCCCUGUGGAUGGAAGAAGGCGAGCUUAUGCCGAAGCACAAGAAAAAACAAAAUUCGAAGAAGAAGCCAUGAAAGCAACCUUGAAAGCGCAAGAAGCAGCUGAAUCUGCAAAAAGGUUGGAGCAAGAAAUACAGAAGCUUGAAGUAGAGGAAGCAAAAGCAGCCAGGCUUGUGGAAGAGGCCAAUGAGAAAGCCCAAGCUGCCGGAUCUUCUGUGGAAGGCCUCUUGAAUAGGGCAAAGACAUUAGGAGGUGACUUCUCAUGGGCCAAAUUGAGCUCACAGAUAUCGACCACCAUCUCUAAAAACAAGCCUGAACAAGAAGAGCCUAAGGUUCAAAUUGCUACACUGAGAGGCCAGGCCAAGGCUCGAGCUCUAACACCUCGGAAGGCCGUUAUCAACCAAACAAGGUCCAAAGCAAAGAAAACAGAGCCCAAACCAGAGGUGAGGAAGGUAUUUGGGGGAUUGUUUAAGCAAGAAACCAUUUAUGUAGAUGAUGAUUGAGUCUGUCUUUCAUUGGCGCCCAUUGGAUUUUUGGGGCGGUCCUUUUUGUCCCAACUUGACGAGUAAAUAUGGAUGGAGCUUCUCUCUUAUAUAUGGACCAAUUUGGACUUUUCAUUGCUUGGAAAUUUGAUACUACAAAUAUGUAGUCGUUUUUUUU